AUGGAAGCACCUCGCCAAGUACAACAGCAACUUCCUGCUCGAGGAAGAGGAGAAAGAAGAGGAAGAGGAGGAGUGAGAAUGCGUGGAGGAAUAGGGGGAAGGGGCCGAGGAGCACGGAGGCACCAUGAUGUCCCAGAUGAAAUCCGGGCCACCCUUACUGACCACGUUAUAAACCAUCGCCUCACAAUGGCAGAGGCAGGUCGCCGAGUGCAGCCUAAUGUGCCUCGGUCUACAGUCUCCUCCAUCAUCCAAACCUUUCGCAGGGAAAACAGGAUUGGACGACAGCCUCAAGUGGGUGGCAGAAGAAAACUUCUAAAUGAACAACAAGAACGAGAAAUAUGCAACAUGGUCAUUGCAAAUAAUGCCAUCACACUGAGACAGAUUCGUAAUGCAAUCCUUCUAGACAAUGUAAUGUUCCAAAAUAUAAACUCUAUCAGCAUCUCCACAAUAGACCGUGUAUUGAAGAAACAUCAGAUGACCAUGAAACAGAUUUACAGGGUACCAUUUGAGAGAAACUCUGACAGAGUGAAAGAGCUGCGGUACCAGUAUGUGCAUAGAAUAAUGGCAUUAGAAGGCAACGAAACCUCUCACAUCCUAGUGUUCGUUGAUGAAGCUGGCUUCAACCUGGCCAAAGGUCGAAGGCGUGGCCGUAACAUCAUUGGCCACCGAGCCACUGUGGAUGUCCCAGGCCAGCGAGGAGCAAAUAUAACAAUGUGUGCCGCUAUAUCAGAAAGAGGUGUGGCCACACACAUUCCCAGUUUAGGGCCCUACAAUACACAAAAGCUCCUCAAUUUUUUGAACCACCUUUAUACUGAUCUGAUCCCGGAAAAUGAGAGAGGUGAAGAAGGACAUCAGCUACCACAUUAUGUCAUUGUGUGGGAUAAUGUUAACUUCCACCGUGGCCCACGCAUCAGAACCUGGUUCACCACCCAUCCCCGGAUGCUAAUGGAGUUUCUUCCACCUUACUCUCCUUUCCUAAAUCCAAUUGAGGAGUUUUUUUCAGCUUGGAGGUGGAGGGUGUUUGAGCAUCAGGCUCAAGACCAGAGGGCCCUGCUGCAUGCAAUGGAUGCUGCAUGUGAGGACAUCACAGGGGAUCAAUGUAGGGGAUGGUUGAGACAUUCACGCCGUUUCUUCCCUCGCUGCAUCGCAAGAGAAAAUAUCCGUUGA